AUGCAACUCUUCAAGACUCUCCUUGCUGGCGCGGCUCUCAUUGCUGCUGUCGCUGCCGAAAAGCUCGCGUUCACCUCGUUCCCCAGUGGCCUAACGGCUGGACAGCCCUUCACCGUUACCUGGACUGGAGGCAACGCUGACCUGCCCGUUACCAUUACUCUACGUCACGGUCCAAGUGACGACCUCAAGGAUGUUUCUAUCUUGACCUCCUCUGCAACUGGUGGAAGCUACACCUUCACUCCAUCUACUUCUCUCGUCUCAGGCACCGACUAUGCUCUCCAGAUCUCCCAGGGCAGUGAAAUCAACUAUACCGGUCUCUUCACCAUCACUGGCGGCCACGGAACCCCAUCCUCCACCCCUGCUACCACCACUGCUUCUUCCUCUUCUUCCGGCGAACCCACCAAGCCAGUGACCAAGCCAGCCGUUACCUCCACCUCUCAGGCCAGCAUGUCUAUGACCAACUCUGCCAACCACACCACCAUGGUCACCAAGACCAGCACUGGCACCGCAAGCAUGGGAACUGCCACCACCACCAGCCACCGCAACACCACCAUGUCUUCCCCAACUCUCACUUCCCAGUCCCAAAGCGCUACUCUCACUCCAACUGCCACUCCUACCGGAGGCGCAGCCUCCUUGACCGCCCUGUCGAGCCCGCUCGCGCUCAUCAUGGCCGCCCUGGUCGCCUUCGCUUACCUCAACUAA